GUGAAAUGAAACACAAAAAAAUGUUGAUAUUACUAUUUCUAUAUCUGUUGAUAGAAACAACGACAGCAAACCCUGCAUUCUACCCGUAUGGACAACCGGCUGGAGAUAAUAGACUUGACUAUUCUAUGGAACAAAGUGCAAUUGCUCUUAAAAUCCCACUGACAUAUAUGGAACAGUCCGUUGAUGAGCUCUUUCUCUCACACAAUGGAAUUGUCGGUCUUGGAAAACCGACGCCGGAGAAGAUUGGAGGCCUAAUGACAAUCUCUACACCUGCCAUAGCAGUUUUCUACGUGCCGGUUACAAGUGGAGUAAUUGAUUAUAGAGUUAGCUCUGAUGAUCAGGGACUGUUGACAAAACUGACGCAAGAUGUGAAACAAGUUUUUGCGGAUGCUGUUGAGUUCCAUGGAUUGCAAGCAGUAAUCAUCACGUGGACACAAAUUGAGAAUGCUGAGAAAGAUGGGCCUGCUAGUUUCCAGCUGGCAAUUGUGUCAGACGGAAUUUCAACGUAUGCAAUUUUCCGUUAUGAAUCACUCCCCUGGUCAUCUUCAAUGGGAUACUACGCACAGGCGGGAUUCGUCCGCUCCAUUGGAAAAAUUCAGACAAAUGUGAAUUCCGGAGGACCGGAUGUUAAGGAACUUGUAAAUUUGUCCAAUAAUCAGUUCGGUAACUUUUUCAUCUUCCGAGUUUCGGGAUCAGCAAUUGAAGAUCCAAAGGAUGAAGGAGCUGAUGAUUAUGAUUACAACAAUUACGAUCAGGAAUACGAGGGCGAACAUCCAGCCGAUUGCCCAAAAGACAAAUUUGUUGACAACUGCCCAGCCGAGUGUAGAACUGUAAGAGAUGAACGAGGAUGUGAAAGAUGUAUUUGUGCAGAGAGACCACAUGCCCCAAGAGCUCCUCAAGAGCCAAGACCAGAACUGGAGAACACUGUUGAAGACGAUGAAGAUGAUGAACAAGUUGAUGGAACAAGAUAUGAAGAGCCAGCUAGACAGGCUCAGGAGCAACAUCACCAGCAACACCAUCAGCCGGAUCAACCUCAGCAGCAGCCGCAACGCAGUCAGGAAGGAUCAUUACCGAAAAUGUCGUGCUCUCAAAGAGAUGACAAGAGCUGUCAUGCAAACUCGGUUUGUCAAGAUUUCGAAGGCGGAUUCUGCUGUAACUGUGACACGGGAUUCUAUGGAAACGGAAAAGAGUGUCUUCCAAAAGGUGAACCACAAAGAAUUUCUGGAAGCUUCGAGGGAGUCAUCAACAGAAUUCCAAUUGACAAGACUGAACUUCACACUUUUGCAACUUCGACUGAUGGAAAUGUUCACACAGCUGUUUCAAAGAUUCCAUCGGAUCUUGGACAUCCACUUCGUUUCCUUUACUCAAUUGGAGGAGUCAUGGGAUGGCUAUUUGCCGACGUUCAAUCCCCGAAUGUCUACAAUGGAUUCCAACUGACCGGUGGACUUUUCAAUAGAACCGUUGCACUUCAUAUUGAACAAAACUAUUACGUAACGAUUAAGCAAGAGUUCUCCGGAAGAAACAUUCAUGAUUACUUCAAAUCUCAUUUAUUUGUAUCGGGAACUCUUCCUGAUAUUGCUCCAGGAUCUGAAGUUAUCUUCCCAGAUUAUGAAGAAGAAUACGUUAGAGAAAGACGAGGAUACUUAACAUCAAAAGCAGCUUUCGAUGUAAUCGUUAGAGAUGGAGGAAAUGUUCAAACAUAUCGAAUGAGUGUUGAUCAACAAAUUACUUUUGAAGAAUGCCCAAAUAAAGAGUUUGAUCGUGAUCAUUCAAUGAAGCUUCAUGUGAAGAGAAUUAAUGUUGUCUAUAACGAUGACGAAGGAGUCGUCCGAUAUGGAGCAAAAAACUUUGCAACUCGAUCAGUUGGGCCUGCUGUUUCAGCUCCUUCCGGUGGGCAUUUCGAUCGUCGCCAACACGGACAAUCCAACAUGGCUUCAGAAAGACCAAUUGAAAUUCCAAGCCAAAGUGAAUCAAUCAGUACUGACUCAGUUUGUGCUCCAGGAAGACAUCAAUGUACUCUUCCAAAUAUGAAGUGCCGUGUCGUUGAUCCAUCAUACCGUUGUGAAUGUGAACCUGGAUAUCAAGCAGCUCAUGAUGCAUCCUCUCAUAUUGGAUGGAUCUGUCAAGAUUUGGAUGAAUGUCAACGAGGAGAUCAUAAUUGUGACCAGCAUGCCAAGUGUACUAAUCGACCAGGAUCUUUCUCAUGCCAAUGUCUUCAAGGAUAUCAAGGAGAUGGAAGAUCUUGUAUUCGGGAGCAUCAAGCAUCUCAUCACGAACAUAAUCAACAGACUCCACAAGAAAUGGCCGGUGUCGGAGCGACAACUGAAGGAUUCUGCACUGCACAUAACCAAUGCCAUCAAUGGGGAGAAUGUGUAUUCACUUCUGAGCAUCCAACCGGAAGAUGCAAGUGUAGGGGAUGGUAUGUUGGAGAUGGAGUUAAUCAUUGUGGACCACCAGAGGAGAACAUGCCAAAACACAAUGCAAAUAUUCCGCAGAGAGGAGGCCAAGCUUGUGGAAGUUAUGUAUGCGAUGUGAAUGCUGAGUGUAUGCCAGAACCAAGUGGAGGAUCUGAAUGUGUAUGCAAGGCCGGAUUCUCAGGAAAUGGAGUAACUUGUGAAAGUCUGUUGGAUGAUCGUCAUGCUCAUUCAUCUCAUAAUCGACAUGAACAACAACAACAAACUGGAUCUCUUGGAAAAGUGUGCCGCUCUCACGAUGAAUGCUCUGAGCACGGAAGCUGCGCUUAUCACCACUCACUCGGUUAUUAUCAAUGCGCAUGUACCGAGCCAUAUGUUGGCAAUGGAGUCGAAUGUACACUUCCAGGAUCUUCUGCUUCAGCUCCUGAACUCGGAUGUGAUGUUACUCGAGACUGCUCCGAGUUUGCUGACUGUGUCUAUGAAAGAAGUUCCACUGGUGCUACAUUCCGAUGCGUCUGUCAGUCAGGAUAUACUGGCGAUGGAAAAUAUUGCAUGCAAUCUCAGCUUGCCAUAUCCGCAAUUUCCCCCUCUGUUCCUCAGCUGCCAAGUGAGCCGGCCGUUUUAUCAACAGCGUCAUGUAAUCCAAACUGUGGACCUGAUGCUCAAUGUGUUUAUGAUGACCAUAAUAGACAAUAUCGAUGUGAAUGUUAUGCUGCAUUCAUGGGAGAUGGCUACAACUGUGUCCCCCUUGCAAAACCAAAUAUGGUACCUGCACAACCAAAAACAUGCGUCGAAUCAUCUGAUUGUCAUAUCAAUGGACACUGCGUUAUCAAUGAACAUGGAGCUGGAGAAUACAUUUGUCAAUGUCUUCCUGGAUUCAGUGGAGACGGAUUCAUCAACUGUCGCGGAGCUGAUCAAUGUAACCCAUCAAACCCAUCAGCUUGUUAUCAGAAUGCUCAUUGUGUUUACGAUGCGAUUCUGAAUGCUCAUGCCUGUAAAUGUGUUGAUGGAUUCAAGGGAGAUGGCACCAGUUGUGUUCCAUAUGCACCUGCAACAAACUGCAAUUUGGAGCCAAGAAUUUGUCAUGCAAAUGCACAAUGCGUGAUGCACCAUGAUACAAAUGCUUAUGAGUGCAUCUGUAAACCAGGAUCAUCUGGAGACGGUUACACUAAAUGUGAUGUCAUCGAAACUCCUCGUUGCACCAACUGCUCAAUCCAUGCAUAUUGUGCUCAAAAUCCGACUAGCGGUGCCUAUCAAUGUAAAUGUAACGCAGGAUAUAAUGGAAAUGGACAUUUAUGUGUCUCGAUGAGCUCCUGCCUCGAUGACCGAUCCCUCUGUGAUGAGAAUGCCGAUUGUGUUCCGGGAGAAGCUGGGCAUUACGUCUGCAACUGCCACUAUGGAUACCAUGGAGAUGGUAGAUCAUGUUCCCCAGAAUCCUCUACUAGGAGCGACAAGUUGCUAGUCGCCCGUGGAAUGGCCAUAUUUGAACGCUCAACAAAUCCAGACGAGUACGGAAAACAGCUGAUUGUGAUCCCUCAUCAUAUCCCAGUUGGCAUUGACUUUGAUUGUAAAGAAGAAAAAAUUGUGUGGAGUGACAUGUCUGGUCACUCAAUUCGCACAUCUUCAUUAAAUGGAACUGAACAUAAAUCAUACUUCAAUAAAGAACUCAGCAGUCCUGAAGGAAUUGCCGUUGACUGGUCUUCAAGAAACGUGUACUAUGCUGACUCAAUGAAUGAUGAAAUUGGAGUUGCUUCACUAAAUGGAAAAUUCAAGAAAUCUCUUGUAACUGAAGGUCUUGUCAAUCCACGUUCAGUGGUUUUGGAUCUAUACGGACGACACUUGUACUACUCGGAUUGGCAUCGUGAGAAUCCAUACAUCGGAAGAGUUGACAUGGAUGGAAAGAACAAUCGAGUAUUCUUAAAUGAAGAUGUCCAUCUUCCAAAUGGUCUCACUAUUCUUCCAAACAGACGCGAACUCUGUUGGGUGGACGCUGGAAAUCACAGACUUUCAUGUAUUCAGUACAAUGGAGCUGGUAGAAGAACUGUGUUCAGUAGUCUUCAGUAUCCGUUUGGUUUGACUCAUGAUGAAGAACAAAAAUUCUAUUGGACUGAUUGGAAAGACAACCGCAUUCAUUCAGUUGGUGUCUAUGGAGAAGGAUACCGUAGCUUCCAAAUUUCCCUUGGUGGAUCAGGAAAAGUAUUUGGAAUCCUUGCCGUUCCAAAAUCAUGCGUCGGUCCAUCAACUCCAUGUUCUGAAGACAACGGUGGCUGCCAACAUCUUUGCCUUCCAGGACAGAAUGGUGCAGUUUGCGAAUGUCCGGACAAUGUCAAAGUGAAGGGAUGCUAGAGAGCUUUAAUUUUCUCCCUCAUUUGCUUACUUUUGCAUUUAUUAUUUAUUUGUGUACUACGGUGUACGUCCAAUUUACUUACAUAUAACUUAUGACAACAAAAAAACCAUGAAGAAUGAUUUCCUACAAAAUAUGACUUUUUUCGUAUUUCAUACCUUUCUAUGUUCUUUGUAACUCAUUUAUCAUUUUGUUCUGCAAUUUCACACUGAAACUCGAUAAAACAUCACUUGCUCCUU